CAGAUUUACUUGGUCUCAGAUCACAAAAUGAUCUACCAUUGUCUGGCGGCUGAAAAGACCUAUCCUUAAAUCAACAAGCGAAUUACCAAAGCCCCUUAUGGUCUAUGAGGUAAUAUGUACACUGGGGGGCGUUGGCCUGAGCUAGUGUUGACAGAGUUGGAGCCUCCACCAAUAUCAAACACUUAAGACGAUACCUAGCCUGUUCAGACAAAGUCCCAAAGCCCUUUUUUCCAAAGGUAUAAAAAGAGUUUCUCGCACUCCAGUCCCAGCACACCUAUCCCUCCGUCGAUCACUUUUGGUCUCCGAUUUUCCUCUUGACCGUGUUAACCACCUCACUUAAGCAGCAACCAUGACCCAGCUAGAGACGGCCAUGGCCAUCCUGAUGAAGACCUUCGAUACUUACGCCGGCACCGAUGCGAAAAAGGACACCCUAAGCAAAACCGAGGCGAAGACUUUGCUGGAGAAGGAGCUGCCAGGACUGAUUAAGGCCGCAAAGAACCAAGGAGAAGUGGACAAGCUGCUGAAAGGUCUGGAUAUGGACGGAGACUCUGAAGUCGACUUCACUGAAUUUGUGAUCCUGGUCGUUACUCUCACCUGUGCCUGCCACGGCCGCUGCAAGAAGUGAGCAGGACGACCGCACCCUGGGGCGGGGUCAAAUUACAGCAACAUGAAAUCCCUGUAGUUUCUGAAAUCACUGAAUAAAAAGAUUUAUUUACCUGUG